AUGCGCUUAAUAUCUUCGUCAUAUUGGAUUGCCAAUCUUUGGACUUCGCCGAUAAAGGCGACUCCUCCACCGUCCUCUUUACAUACUCAAGGAUUGACAGCUGCAUGCAACUGGCUUACAGUUAGACCAUCGGCAGCGAGAAGACGGUGUGUACGAAUAAGACAUUUAGCGCACUUCCGAGAUCAAGCUGAUCACGAUCUUGGAUAUUUAACGCCGCUGACAGCUACAACUGCUCAUCCGAACCAAACGCUACCAGAAUUCGAUAAUAUUUUGGGCGAAGCCGAUCUCACGUCGGAACUAUUCGCAGAUUUGACAAUCAAAUUUCAAAUAAGGUCCGUCGAACACUGCAUUAGCCAGGAAUCGGAAAGCCUAAUGAGAAGGCUGUCGUACGCUGCUCUUUUGCUUCUUGGAACAGUGGUAGCAAGCAACCUACUAGGGGCCUUGCUGUACAACUCGAACGCUGCGCAAGAAUGGCGCUACUGGUGGCCUCUCACAGGUGUUGUAUACGUUGCGCAAGCCUACCAGAACCUUUCGGAGAAGGAUUUUGGUGGGAAAUCCGUUCCGCUACUACCCUUCCCAAUAAUUUCCGUGUGGGCUAACAUCCUUGCCGGACUCUGUGGUAUUGGACUGGUUGUUGGUGGCGCCUACGAUGCCUUUAUGCCUGUAUGGAUGAUGGGACCGAAUGUAGUGACCGAAGCUGGUAUUGGACAGGAUAGUGCCGUAGCUCUGAUGUUACUCACUGCGUACUCCGUGUUGAAUUGUACCACUUCGGCGAGGAGUUUUAAAGACACAGACUCGGGCAUCCAUAGCUGGUGCUCGCCCCACUUUCCGAAUAGCGCGCAACUACUGGCACAAAUUGCACUUUUGUCGCAAUUGUACAUACUGGGAGACGGCUCCAUCAAUGCUAUCCUUGCAGACGUAUUCUCAGCGUUGCCAGUUAAUUAA